GCACGGUCACGCACCACGAGCCCUUCUCUAAUGAUUCUCAACAGCAAGAAGCAAACGAGGCCACAGAACUGCGUGGCCCUUUUGACCCGGCCUGCACAGUGGUCAGCUUUAUUUCCGGAGGUGAUAGUAACUGAAAUGGGCUCAUUAAGGAUCUCUAAGUGGCUGUUAGGUCUCUGUGUCACUCUCAGAAAAAGCUCUGAAAGUAUAUAAGACAUGUCCGAGGGCACCGAGAACAGAAGAAGCAUCCAGAAGCAUCUGAAACCAACUCUUCAAAUCUUCUCUUCCUCAAGAUACUGAGAAAUAACAGAAAUGACUGGAGCCGCAGUGUCCAUGUGCCUACUCUUCCUCCUGUCUGUAUGUUCGGCGUGUUACAUCUCCAACUGUCCUAUCGGUGGGAAGAGGUCCAUCAUGGACGCGUCGCAGCGAAAGUGCAUGUCUUGUGGCCCCGGAGACAGGGGCCGCUGCUUCGGCCCCAGCAUCUGCUGCGGGGAGGGCCUGGGCUGCCUGCUGGGGUCUCCGGAGACAGCUCACUGUGUGGAGGAGAACUACCUGCUGACCCCCUGCCAGGCGGGAGGAAGACCCUGUGGAUCUGAGGGAGGACGCUGCGCUGCUUCAGGACUCUGCUGUGAUGCAGAGAGCUGCACCACAGACCAAACGUGCCUCAUGGAGGAGGAAGGAGACGACCAAAGCAGCCAGUUCGAAGGCAGCGACCCCACUGACCUCUUCCUCAGGCUGCUGCAUCUGGCUGGUCACACUUCUCACCGAGUUCACCAAUGAGCUGCUCCUGACACCCAAGCCUCACAGGAAAUGGGACUUGUUGUUGUAGUUCAAAGUUGUAGUUCUGUUUGUCAUUUUGCUCUUUCCUCUGGAGUAUGUCUGUAGAGUGCCUUUGUCACUAUAUUUGUAUGAAAAUAGGGAUGAAAACUGACAGUGGUCAUCCAGAUACUUGCAUGUUGAAAUAAAGUUUUGAGAAAGUAUAAAA